AUGGAUAUGCCAAAGCUUGGCGUUAUUUCGCCACUUCAUGCUACCAUAUACCAGCCAGACAAUAUCCGAAAUGCAACAAGAGAAAAUGAAGAUAUUACCAAUCACGAUAUACGUCGUAAAUUUACCAUAUGGUCAAUAUUGGGCGAAGGAUUCUCCCUCACAAAUUCCUGGUUUGGAAUUUCCAGUGCCUUCAUCACAGGUAUUGACUCUGGUGGUCCUGCUCUCUUUGUGUAUGGAAUACCCCUUGUCGCAUCCAUAAGUAUCUGUAUAGGAUGUUCGUUAUCAGAAUUGGCAAGUGCAAUGCCAAAUGCUGCAGGACAACAUUUUUGGACUAUGGAAUUAGCACCUAAGAGAUACGCAAGGCCAUUAUCAUUUAUUACUGGGUAUUGUGCAUGGGCUGGAUCUCUUUUCGCCUCAGCAAGUGUAUCGUUGGCGGUUGCGUCAGCAGUAGUUGGGUGCUGGCAGUUAAAUCAUCCAGAUUUGUAA